AUGUCGGUGCAUGUGCGUGUCGAGCAUCAUAGACGACAUCACGUGACAUCAUGGACGACAACUAUCGUGAAUGAUAUCAUAGACGACAAUAUAGACGACAAUAUAGACGACAAUAUAGACGACAUCAUAGACGACAUCAUAGUUGACAUCAUAGACGACAUCAUAUACAACAUAGACGACAACAUAGACGACAUCAUAGACGACAUCAUAGACGACAUCAUAUACAACAUAGACGACAACAUAGACGACAUCAUAGACGACAUCAUAUACAACAUAGACGACAACAUAGACGACAUCAUAGACGACAUGAUAGACGACAUCAUAUACAACAUAGACGACAACAUAGACGACAACAUAGACGACAUCAUAUACAUCAUAGACGACAACAUAGACGACAACAUAGACGACAACAUAGACGACAACAUAGACGACAACAUAGACGACAACAUAGACGACAACAUAGACGACAUAGUGACAUCAUGGACGACAACAUAG